AUGCUUGGAUCUUCGGCAAACGUACCCCUGAGCGGAUUUGCGCAUCCACCACCGGUUCCAACAAAUCCACAAUCGUUUGCCAGUUAUUCCGUCACAGAACCAAAUGGCCAUCUAGCGGCUGCAUCACCCGAUCCAUUUAAUGCUUGUCAAUUAAAUCCGCUAAACCAUUCGACAUUCGGUGGUGGUUCAAGUGUUGGAUUACCGUGCGCAGAUAUGUCUGGCCUAGCAAACCCAAACCAAAUGCAAGUGGGGAUGAAUGGAUUGAGCUUUCCUGGACCAUUCCAUACUCCUGUACAGGGACUGGCAGGCUAUUCAAGAACAACCGUCCCAGGAAAUUAUGCGCACACAACAGAUUGGUGUCUGUUUCUGUGCAAUCUACCACCAGAUAUUGAGGAGGCAACUUUGUGGAGACUCUUUGGUCCGUUUGGGGCAGUCCGUUCGGUGAAAGUCAUCCGCGAACCGGGCACCAACAGAUGCCGUGGAACCGGUUUUGUCAAUAUGACAAAUUACGCAGAAGCUUUGUUGGCAAUACAAAAUCUGAAUGGGUUUGUUCAGUCAUACUAUUUGUAA